UAAAUUUCAGUGCGAGCAAUUUAUAUAACUGAAUAGUAGUAUUAAGGGGAAAAGAAAAAAGAAAAAAGAAGAAGAUGAGAGUGGCAGUGGUGGGUGGUGGAAUAAGUGGAUUGGUUUCAGCGUAUGUAUUGGCUAAGGAGGGAGUGAAAGUGGCACUUUACGAGAAAGAAGAUUAUUUGGGAGGCCAUGCCAAAACUGUGAAUGUUGAUGGUAUUGAUUUAGACCUUGGAUUCAUGGUCUUUAACCGGGUAACUUAUCCUAACAUGAUGGAGUUCUUUGAGAGUCUUGAAGUUGACAUGGAAUUAUCUGACAUGUCAUGGCAAAUGGUUAGAGAAAUUAUCAAGUUCAAAGAUGAUGUUAUAAGCUAUCUUGAUAUGCUUGACAACAAUCUUGAUAUGGACCGCAAUGAGACUUUGGAACAAUUCAUAAAGUCAAGGGGUUACUCUAAAUUAUUUGUGAAAGCAUAUCUUAUUCCAAUAUGCGGUUCUAUAUGGUCAUGCUCUUCUGAAGGAGUUAUGAGUUUUUCUGCUUUCUCAGUUCUCUCUUUUUGUCGCAAUCACUAUCUACUUCAGCUCUUUGGAAGGCCGCAAUGGCUAACUGUUAGAUGGCGUUCACAAAGCUAUGUUAAGAAGGUCCAAGACGAGAUUGUGAGUAAAGGUGGUCAAAUAAUUACUAACUGUGAGGUGGAAUUGGUUUCAACAACAGAUGGAGGAUGUGUUCUGCAGUACAAAGAUGGUUCUAAAGAAACAUAUGAUGGCUGCAUAAUGGCGACGCAUGCUCCAGAUACACUGAGAUUAUUAGGAGACGCAGCGACAUAUGAUGAGCGAAGAAUUCUCGGUGCUUUUCAAUAUGUGUACAGUGACAUUUUUCUUCAUCGUGACAAAAAUUUAAUGCCUCGAAACCCAGUAGCAUGGAGUGCAUGGAAUUUUCUUGGAUGUAACAAUAACAGAGUUUGUGUGACAUACUGGCUCAACAUUCUUCAGAAUCUUGGAGAAACAAGAUUACCUUUUCUUGUAACUCUAAAUCCAGAUCAUACACCGGAAAAUACCUUGCUUAAGUGGUCAACUGGACAUCCAGUUCCAUCAGUUGCUGCAUUCAGGGCUUCACAAGAACUUGAAAAUAUUCAAGGAAAAAGAAGAAUUUGGUUUUGCGGCGCCUACCAAGGUUAUGGAUUUCAUGAAGAUGGAUUGAAGGCUGGCAUGACUGCUGCACAUGGCAUUCUUGGAAGAUGUUGCUCCCUCCAAACCAACCCAAAACACAUGGUGCCUUCUUGGAAGGAACUUGGAGCGCGCCUUUUUGUGACAAGAUUCCUAAGCUCCUAUGUUACUACCGGUUGUUUAAUUUUAUUGGAGGAAGGAGGAACAAUGUUUACCUUCGAGGGAACUGAUAUAAAGUGUUCUCUGAAGUGUGUUAUGAGAAUCCAUAGUCCUCAAUUUUAUUGGAAGGUUAUGACCCAAGCUGAUUUAGGCCUUGCAGAUGCAUAUAUUAAUGGAGACUUUUCUUUUGUUGAUAAAAAUGAAGGUCUUUUGAAUCUUUUUCUGAUUCUCAUAGCAAGCAGGGAUUCUAAUGUUUCAAAUUCAAAAUUGAAGAAGAAUAGGGGUUGGUGGACACCAAUUUUCCUUACAGCUAGUUUAGCAUCUGCGAAGUUCUUCAUUGAGCAUUACUCAAGGCAAAAUACUCUCACACAGGCGCGCCGCAACAUUUCUAGACACUAUGAUCUGAGCAAUGAGCUCUUUGCGUUAUUCUUGGACGAAACAAUGACAUAUUCAAGUGCAGUGUUCAAGAAUGAAGAUGAAGACUUGAAAGAUGCACAAAUGAGAAAAAUCUCUCUUCUCAUUGAAAAAGCUAGAAUAGGUAGGAAACAUGAAAUUCUUGAGAUUGGGUGCGGAUGGGGAAGUUUAGCUAUUGAAGUCGUCAAACGAACCGGUUGCAAAUACACUGGUAUCACUUUAUCUAAGGAGCAAUUGAAACUUGCAAAAGAAAGAGUUAGAGAUGCUGGACUUCAGGACCAUAUCAAAUUUCUUCUGUGCGAUUAUCGCCAACUACCAAAGACAUUCAAAUAUGAUAGGAUUAUAUCUUGUGAAAUGAUAGAAGCAGUUGGUCAUGAAUACAUGGAAGAGUUCUUCGGCUGUUGCGAAUCAGUACUAGCAGACGAUGGACUUCUAGUUCUUCAGUUCAUAUCAAUCCCAGACGAGCGUUACGACGAGUAUCGACGCAGUUCCGAUUUCAUAAAGGAAUAUAUUUUUCCAGGGGGAUGCUUGCCCUGCCUAAGUAGGAUAACAUCAGCCAUGGCGGCUGCAUCGAGACUAUGUGUGGAGCACACUGAGAACAUUGGAAUUCAUUACCACCAAACGUUAAGGCGGUGGAGAAGAAACUUCAUGAAAAAGCAGAAUGAAAUCUUGGACCUCAAAUUUGAUGAAAAGUUCAUCAGGACAUGGGAGUACUAUUUUGAUUAUUGUAGUGCAGGUUUUAAGUCGCGGACACUAGAGAAUUAUCAGAUGGUUUUCUCGCGGCCUGGCAACACCACUGCACUUAAGGAUCCAUAUAGAAGCUGGCCCUCGGCAUGUUGAGAAUAAGCCAUGACACAUUAUUUGCACGUUGGUGCCAUGUUUGUCUUCUUUAUUCAAUCCCAAAAUUCUUAUUUAUUCCUUAAUUGUACAUUGUUUAGUACUCUAGCGAGGAGAAGAUUGGUGAUUUUUUUUCUUUAUUUAAAAGAAUAAGGAAUAUAUUUUGUUUUGCAUUUCGAAUUAGUUACCACCAAAAAAUAAGCAUGUGAUGAUUUUAUAUGGUGUUCAUUGUAUUGGAAUCACAUAAAUAUCAAAAGAAAAUAUUAUUGCAGUACUUUAUAU